AUGGCGAUGAAGAAUUUGUUCCUAGCAAUUACUUUGAUUAUUGUAGCGCAUAAUUGCAGUUCACUAGUAGUGGACGUUGGACAUGCGCUCGUAUUGGAGGAUUCCAUCACUGCGAAUCAGACAAUAAUCUCAAAGAAUGACACUUUUGCAUUGGGAUUUUUUAGUCCGAGAGGAACGAAUUAUUGUUAUAUUGGCAUCUGGUAUGCACAGAUCCCUGAGAAGACCAUAGUUUGGGUCGCUAACAGAGACAAUCCUGUCAAAAUGAUGCCCGUUGUUCUAAAUUUUUCGAGAGACGGUCGUCUCAGAUUGUUUGAUGGGAAGGGCAUGUCUGUUUGGUCAACUGAUAAUGGUCUGAAAGGAUCGCGAGCAGUGAUAAUGGAUAGUGGUAAUUUCAAUAUGCUGGAUGGCCACAACAAGUCUGAGAUUGUUUGGGAGAGUUUCGCCCAUCCGACAGAUACAUGGUUGCCUGGGAUGAAGUUGUGGAAAGGUAUGAAGGGAGCUUCGUGGAAGAGUUCUGUGGAUCCUGCAAGUGGGCUCUUCUCUAUAGCAAUGGACAUGUCUCCAGGAAAGACGCAGUUGGUGAUGGUCUAUAACAACAGUGCUCCAUAUUGGUCCACUGGAGAGUGGAUUGGGAAUUAUUUUACCAAAGUUCCAGAGGUGUAUGCUCCUAGGAGAUUCCAAAUGUCCUGUGUAAGGGUUUCUCCUGCAAGAAUAUACUUCACUUUUAAUGUAAUCCAGGCAGAUCUUGCCCUCACGGGGCGGAUCCUGGUAAACGAGAAUGGUGAGUUAAAGCUUUACUACUGGAUGGAUGAUGGUACAUGGAGUCAAGGAUGGUCGUCAUUCCAAGGUCAGUGCAAUGACUAUGAUAUCUGCGGAGCCUAUGGACCCUGCAAUGCCGAUGAUGUGUGUACUUGUGUUGAGGGUUUCACACCCAACAAGCAUGACACUCAAAGUUGGUGGUCAAAUGGGUGUGCUCGCCGAAGACCCCUGCAGUGCUCUGUCAGAGAAGGCACAACCGACGGCUUCUUGGAAGCCAAGAACGAAUACUUGUCCGAAGAAGGAGCUGUCAUAUACAACGAACCAACACAGAAAGGCUGCAGGACUACUUGUCUCAACAAUUGCUCCUGCACAGCCUUUGCUUUUGUUGUUUCUGAUCCACCAGUCUAUAGACUGUGGUUUGGGGAUUUAUUCAAAAUGCGAGUUUCAUCUGAAAACCAAUCCAUCUUCAUUAGACUGGCUGCCUCUGAGUUAGGGCACUCGAUUUCAGAGGGAAGCAGCAAACCAUCCCCUCCUCUUCGUAGUUUUCUUCCUGGGACUAUUGCUUCUAGACAUGCCAAGAAAAGCAAGGAAGAUGAUGUGCCGACUUCACUCAGAACAUUCACUUACAAAGAAUUGCGAGUUGCAACCCAGAAUUUCAAGCACAAACUUGGGAGCGGAGCAUUCGGCUCUGUGUUCAAAGGAACUCUGCAAGACAGCAUGCUUGUGGCAGUAAAGAGAUUAGAGGGUUCUACACAAGUAGAAAAGCAAUUCCGGGCGGAAAUAAGCACCAUCGGAAGAAUACAGCAUGUGAAUUUGGUGAGGCUCUUUGGAUUCUGCGUACAAGGCUCUCACAGGCUUCUGGUGUAUGCCUACAUGCCCAAUGGCUCUCUAAACUCCGCCCUCUUUACAAAAGAUGAAGAAGUAGAGAAGGUGUUGGAUUGGAAGACUCAGUUUGAGAUCGCAUUGGGCAUUGCUCGAGGAUUACUUUAUCUCCAUGAGGAAUGCAGAGAUCGCAUCAUCCACUGCGAUAUUAAACCUGAAAACAUUCUGUUGGAUGGUGACUUUAGCCCGAAGGUAGCCGAUUUUGGGCUGGCAAAACUGGUGGGCAGAGAUUUCAGCCGCGUACUGACGACCGCAAGAGGAACUCGAGGGUAUCUGGCCCCCGAGUGGGUAUCCGGCCUUCCUAUCACUCCCAAAGCAGAUAGAGGAAACAUAACUGGCAUUGUGGAUGCAAGGAUAUCGAAUGUGGCGGAUAUGGAGGAGGUAAGAAGAGCCGCUAUGCUGGGGAUGCUGUGUGUUCAAGACGAUGAAAAUAUAAGGCCGACCAAGGGGGAAGUGGUGAAUAUAUUGAAAGGGACGAUGGAGGCUCCCGUGACGCAAAUUCCGAGGUAUAUGCAGGUGUUACUAGAUCAGGUAGACAAUGAAGACCGGAACACUUUCAAGGUCACUUCAACAAGUGAAACAACGGAAGGGCGAGAUGGUUUAUGGUAG